UACUUUCAUAAUAUAAUUCUACGUCACGAGACCACUACAGUGCUAUUAGCUUUAAUCAGUUCGUUACACUAAUACACUGUGCGACGAACACACUAAACUCCGAAACUCGGGCACGGCGUGGGUUGAUCUACCAACAGACGCGAUCCUCUCAGUAGGUUGAUCUGACUCUUGGUGCAUCUGUUUUUUAUUAUUCUAUAGAAUAAUUCAUCAUAAUGGCAGAUUCUGAUGAUGAAUACGAUAGGAAAAGAAGAGACAAAUUCAGAGGAGAAAGAACUGAAUCUUAUAGAGAAGGUCGUGGCAGAGAAGACAGAAGAAGAGGCGGAGAUGACUGGUCUGACAGAGAAUGGUCUAGCCGUCCUCGAGCAAGACCUGAUUACAGAGAUUACAGAGGGGGUGGAAGAGAUCGUUACAGUCCAGCCCGAUCUCAAGAUAUGGCACCACCUAUGAAAAGAAUGAGAACAGCUGAAUGGGAUGACCGGCCCAGUAGAGCUGCAUAUGGUGAUUACUAUGGUCGUGAUACAGAUGGACUUCCUCCCUCUCGCGGUGGUGCUUGGCCUCCUGAGCAUUAUAACCAUGGUAACCAUCACUAUAGUAACCAUGGCAACAAUACCAAUCGAGAAACUCCAACUAAUUUUAACAACUCCAAUGUUGAAACUCAACCACCAAUGUUGACUUUCAAGGCAUUCCUUGUGACACAGGAUGAUACUAUCACAGAUGAAGAGGCAAUCAAGCUCUAUAAUGAGUAUAAAAUGGAAUUUAAAAGGCUACAACUCAACGAGUUCUUUGUAGCUCAUAAAGAUGAAGAAUGGUUCAAAAUCAAAUAUCAUCCAGAAGAAUCUGUUAAAAGAAAAGAAGAGCAGUUUGCAGCUUUAAUGAAACGAGUUGAAGUUUUCAUUGAUCUACUAGAAAAAGGUGAGAUCGAUAAAGUCUCAGUUGAUGGUGAUCAAGCUGAUGCACUUUUGCGUUUACUGGAUGCUGUGGUGAUUAAACUUGAAGGCGGUACUGAUGAAGAUCUGAAAAUACUUGAUGUCAAACCACAACCAGUUGUCAAAGAAGUAAAAGAUGUACCUAAAGAUGUUGCUGUUAAAAAAGAAAAAGAUGAACCAGAAAUUAAAGUCAAAGUUGAAAAGGAAGAACCUACUGAAAGUACUGAAAAAAUCAUCGAAGAAAGUAAAAGUGAGACAGUUUCUGAAGAUAAACAAAACGGCGAUUUUGAAGUAGAAAAUGUUGCAAAGGAAAGUGAUAGCACGAAUAAUGAAAAUCCUGAGAAAGAAACAGUUGCAGAAGCCAUGGAAACUGAUGCAUCUGAUCCAGCUGAGAAAAAUAAUGAUGAAAAAACUACUGAUGAUGUGAAUAAAGAGACCACUGAAGAGGAAAAUUCAAAAAAAAGAAAAAGAACUGAUAGUAAUAGUAGCAGCAGCAGUAGCAGCAGUGAUAGCUCAUCAGACAGUAAUGCAUGUAGUAAAAGCCCUGGUACGCCUCCUGGUCUUCCACCUAAAGUUCAAUCUGAAUCUGGUGAAGUAGAUGAAACAAAAGAGACAAAGUCCGAUGAAGCUACGGAAAAUAAAACGGUAGAAGAAGAGGAAGAAAAAGAAAAGUCACCAGCACCUGAAGAGAGACCUAAGAAGAAGUCCAAUGCUAUAAUUGAUCUUGCUACUGAUAAAGAAAUGAAAGCUUUACACAAAACCAGUAGUAUUUUUCUUAGAAAUUUAGCUCCUACUAUAACUAAAGCUGAAGUAGAAGCUAUGUGCAAAAGAUACCAUGGAUUCUUGAGAGUAGCAAUCGCAGAUCCGCAGCCUGAAAGGCGAUGGUUCCGUAGAGGAUGGGUAUCUUUUGAACGCAAUGUUAACAUUAAAGAAUACUGUUGGAACUUAAAUAAUAUAAGAUUAAGAGAUUGUGAACUUGGAGCUAUUGUUAAUCGGGAUUUAUCUCGUCGCAUACGAAGCGUGAAUGGCAUAACGCUUCAUAAACAAGUGGUUAGAAAUGACAUAAAGUUGAGCGCUAAAAUAGUCCACAAUUUGGAUAACCGUGUAGGUUUAUGGUUUGAAAAAAAAGAAGAAAAUAUUGAUGGACAAAACAAAACUGCUGAAGAAAUUGAACAAGCUGCAUUUGGAUUGUCAUCCAAAAAUCCAGUUCUUAAGAAUAUUACCGAUUAUUUAAUCGAGGAAGCUUCAGCUGAAGAAGAAGAACUUCUUGGUGUUUCCGGAGAUCAAGAAGAGGGUCAAUUAUCGGGAGAUGCUGAGGAGAAAAUCGAAAAGGACCCCGCUUUAUUGAAAGUGUUGGAUAGAUUAAUUCUAUAUCUUCGUAUUGUUCAUUCAGUAGAUUAUUACAACCACUGUGAAUAUCCGAAUGAAGAUGAAAUGCCAAACCGAUGUGGAAUCAUGCAUGUCAGAGGACCUACUCCUGGUAACAAAGUGAUCAGUAAUGAAAUAAUGGAAUACACUAAGAACUUCGAACAAAAAAUGGCAGCUUUCCUUGCCCCUGUUGCAACAGUACCUGCAGCUGAAUAUGACAAAUUAGGUGCCAAAAAUCCUGACCGAGAAGUUGAAAAAUUCAUAGAAGCUAAUACUCAAGAAAUAUCAAAGGAAAAAUGGCUUUGCCCUUUGAGUGGCAAAAAAUUCAAAGGUCCUGAUUAUAUUCGCAAACAUAUCUUCAACAAACAUGCUGAAAAAGUAUCAGAAGUCAAAGCUGAAGCUGAAUACUUUAAUAAUUACUUAAAAGAUCCUAAAAGACCACAACUUCCUGAGCAUCCUGGUAAUAAGGCUCCCCCGCGUGAAGCUCAGAGAGAACCUGGUUUUCCUCAAUUUAAUGCAACUGCCCCCCGGCAUGCUGGUAGAUUCGCAGGCAACUUCGGCGGUAAUUUCGGUGGCAACCGAGGAAGUCCAGGCGGAGGAUUUGGAGCUGGAAAUUUUGGAUCAGGCGGAGGUUUUGGAGGUAGCGGUUUUGGGUCAGGACCUAGAUCAAAUCGCGGAGGAAACUUCAGAGGCCGGGCUGAUUCUGAUUUGGCGUCCCGACCUAUUAUUAGUUAUAAUGAUUUGGACCAGCUGGAUACGGAUUUAUUUUAAAAAAUAUUACAAUAGUUUUGACAAUUCUUUAAGAAAAAAUAAGUAGUAUUAUUCAUUGCUUUUUUUGAAGUUCUUAAAAUUGACAACAAUUUGUACCAAUCGUAGCUUUUAUUUAUCCAAUGAUUUUGACUAAUUAUGUAAGUACGAUUUCUACCAAACGUUAUUGAAUACUCAACGUUUAAAUGUAAAAAGGUGUAAAAAGUUUUCUAGGAUUUUUUAGAGAUAUAUAUUUACUUUACUUCCAUUUGAAAAAAAUGAUAAGAGUAGCAUCAUUACUGAAAUAUUUCGUUAAGUAAUAUCUGAAAAAAGAAUAAAUACUAAAGUAA